AUGUCGCAGGAACAAGAGAAGAUUAUUAAGGAUCCUAUCCAUGAGUAUAUCACAUUUAAAAAGUGGGCAGUGGAAUUUAUAGAUACCGAAGAAUUCCAAAGACUGCGAGACAUUAAGCAAUUAGGAGCUUCUAAUUAUGUUUUUCCAAGUGCAUGUCACAAUCGUUUUGAACACAGUCUAGGAAUUGAAAAAGGUGAAACUGACCUUGAAUGUGUAACAUUGGCUGCUUUGUGUCACGAUUUAGGACAUGGACCAUUUAGUCAUGUGUUCGAUAAUGAUGUUAUUCCAGCAAUUGCGCCAGGAUUAGAAUGGAAGCAUGAAGAUGGGUCCGAAAUGAUGCUUGAUCGUCUUUAUAAUGGAAUGAAGUCGCCCUCCAUUGAUCUAAACACAGAUGAUUUGAAAUAUAUCAAGAAUCUUAUUAAAGGCGACAGAACUGAAAGAUCUCCGUAUCUAUUUGACAUCGUUGCCAAUAAACGUAACUCUGUGGAUGUUGACAAAUUUGAUUAUCUCGCACGAGACUGUUAUUAUUUAGGGAUGAAUUCAUUAUUUGAUUCUUCACGAUUGAUGAAGUUUUCUUAUGUCAUAGACGAUCAGAUAGUUCAGAUAGGUUACCAUCAUAAGGAAUACUUUAACAUUUAUGAAAUGUUUCACACGCGAUAUUCUUUGCACAAGAGAAUAUAUAACCAUCGCGUUACCAGAGCGAUUAAUUUUAUGAUCAGAGACGCGCUUGUGAAAGCAAAUUCAAAAUACCAUUUUGAGGAAAUAGUCCUUAAGCCUGAUGAGUUUAUCAAAUUGGAUGAUUCUAUUUUAAAUGAAAUAGUAAAAAGCGAGGGAUUGGGAGAGUCAAAAAAAAUCAUUAAACGGAUUAGACAGAGGAAAUUAUACAAGUUUGUGAACGAAUGUAUAAUCCCAGAAAAUAGGGCAGGCGUUACAAAAGAAAAUCUCAAUGAAUUUGAAAUUGCUAGUAAUCAAAGUGGCAAUACACUAAGCAAAGAUGACAUAAUUGUCGAUUGGCAAGAUUUGAAUUAUGCAAAAAAAGACUCGAAUCCAUUAGAAAGUGUUAAAUUUUAUAAUAAAGAUCGUACUAUGGUACUCGAUCUUAAACCUGAAAGAAUUAGCCAUCUUUUUCCUGAACAAUACCAAGAAAGGAUCGUUCGCAUAUUUUCACGUGAUCCACAAAAGGUUGAUUCAAUUCAUAAUGCUUUUAAGAAACUUGCAAGAAAACUGGAUCUAAAUGUAAAUGAAGGAUUUUUAACUGGUGAAAAAGUAGAUGUUAUGGAUCUCAAUCCGAAUGUUGAUAGUCAAUAUAACAAAAAUGAAGACAGAAAGACGAUUCCAUUUAGUGAUGGGUAA